AUGUCGUGGCUAUCUAUCCCCGCGGAGUCUCACUUCUCCAUCGCCAACAUCCCCUUUGGCAUCAUUUCCACAUCAUCAAACACAAAGCCAAGGCCCGCGGUCGCAAUUGGCGAGCAUGUGCUAGAUCUUCAGGCCUUCGCAGAGGGUGACGGAUUUUCUCAGUCCUCAGACAUUCAGAAGCACAUUGAGGUCUUUUCCCAAACCUCUCUCAAUGCUUUCGCAGCUCUUGGCCGUCCCGUGCAUCGCACUGUGAGAAGUUACCUCCAGAGUAUUUUCGCAAAGGACACGGAUCACUCCCAGGUUCUCAGGGAUAACCAAAAGCUACAAGAUGCUGUUCUCUUGAAGCGCGCAGAUGUCAAGAAUCAUCUUCCUCUUACUAUUGGAGAUUACACAGACUUCUACGCUGGCAAGAACCACGCUUUCAACGUCGGUUGUCUGUUCCGUGGGCCUGAUAACGCCUUACAGCCUAACUACACCCACCUUCCAGUUGCAUACCACGGAAGGGCCAGCAGCGUGGUUGUCUCCGGUACGCCAAUCCGUCGUCCGUGGGGUCAGAUCUUGCGACCUGGCAACAAGGUGCCUGAUCUAGCGCCUUGCGAGAGGCUCGAUAUUGAGCUGGAGAUGGGAAUGUUCAUCUGUCGUGAGAAUGCUUUGGGAAGUCCAGUGCCGGUGGAGGAAGCCGAUGAGCACAUCUUUGGUUAUGUUCUCAUGAACGACUGGAGCGCACGAGACAUCCAAGCCUGGGAGUAUGUGCCUCUUGGACCCUUCACUGCCAAGAACUUGGGCACUAGUAUUAGUGCUUGGGUUGUUCUCGCCGAUGCUCUUGACGGCGCCAAAGCUGCUGGUAUCAAGAAUGACAACGAGAUUCUUCCUUAUCUCAAGGAGAAGAAUGAAAAGAAUGUCUUGGACAUCGAUCUCGAAGUCGAAAUCAUCACCGCCGCUGGUACCAAGAACCACCUUAGCAAGACCACCUCGCGAAACCUGCUCUGGUCAUGGCCCCAGAUGAUCGCCCACCACACCAUUACAGGGUGUAAUCUUCGACCUGGAGAUCUUCUCGGCUCUGGUACUAUUUCCGGCACUGAACCCGGAACCGAGGGAAGUAUGCUUGAGCAGACCAAGGGCGGAAAGGUCCCCAUUCAACUCAAAAACGGUGAGGAGCGCAAGUUCAUCCAGAAUGGGGAUACUCUGGUGCUUCGCGGCUCAUUUGGUAGCGGCGAGCAAAAGGUUGGCUUUGGCGAGGUUUCUGGUACCAUCCUUGAGCCUCUGCCUUUGUUUAAGUAG